ACCCAGGGAGCGCUCAGCCCCCGCCCCUCCUCGCAGCAAUAGCCGGGGGGCUCCCCCUGUGAUGUGCCCCCUUUCCCGCAUUAACCCCCCCGGGAAGCUGGACAGCACCGUAUCCUGCUCCGCAGCCACCUCACGUGCUCGUCUCCCCAGACUCAGCCACAGAGAGCGGAGUUUUGGUGCCGGGUUUAACCACCCGCCCUGCUGCUAUCCCCGUCUGAGGAAACUGACUUGCGCUUUGACCCCGUGGGGGCUGGCGGCUGUUCCAGACCUACAUAAACGGGAAAAAAAAAUGUAUUUAUAGCUGCUAUGCACUGUGUAUUUUCAUCCACAUCUUGUGGGGAGAGAAAAAAGGGGGGGCUGACUAAUCAGUGUUGUAUAGAUGCUUCUCCUGAUUGGCUGGGCUGCUGGAUGCUUUUUAUCUGAAAUCAGGAGACAGCCUUUCUAGCGGAUGAUGGACAGGAUGGGGAGGUUAAAACCUGCAUGUGGAGGUGUUUGAAUGUGAUCAAAUAUGAUAUGAGCAGAAACAGAGACAAACGUUCUGAGCUAGUUAAUUUACUGUAAUUCAACAGGUGCUUUAUCUGCUAUAUUCACUUCCCUGUUUUUUGUAGCAAAAGCUGACUCCUGACAUUUGCAAGAAUUGUUUAUGAUCUGUGGGUUAGGGUAGGGAGAGGAAAAUGGGAGAAACUUGUUAAAACUAUAGAGCCUUUAUCAGAAACUAUCACAAAAGUGUCUUUGUGUUAAACAACAAAGGGCAGUCAAUCAAAAAAAAAAACAAAAAAAACGCUGCGCAAUACAGGCUCUCAAGACAAAAUGUUCAGUUACUGAAGGAUAAAUGUAUUGAUUUCCUUUUGAAAAUAAACUACUUUUGUAAAUAGAGGUAGGGUACAUUGAUUUUGUCUAUUUGUACGUGAACAUUUUUAUUUAUUUGAAUAAACGAUUAAAGCCUUUUGUGUUGCACCAACAGCACCUUUGUAACUGUGAAUGGGGCUGUUUCUUAAUCUAUUGCAGUCAUCUGAUUGUAUUUAGUUUGUGGGAUUGAGAAAGAUAAGCAGUGAUUACACAAAGAUAAAUAUGGGCUGAUAAUAUGCAGAGAAUGUGCAGCUUAUUUAGGAUCAUUUUAAUUUCCUUUCUAGACUAAAAUGUCCAGAAGAUGUAAAAGCUAAGGAAUUGGAACCAAAACCCUUUCAGACUGGUAGUGAAAUUGUAAUAGGACAUGGCAACCAGCUUACAACUUUAUAAGAAGAGUACAUUUCCUCCUCUUCUGAAUAUUUAUCAGCUGCCGCAUUUCAGGAAUCAGAAUGACAAAAUCCCCAAAAAGAUGAUAAUGAAAAAUGACAACGGGAAGAAGGGGAGUAACAAAUCAUCAUUUAGUGAUGAAGACAAAGAAGAAGCAAUAAAACGGGCCCUGCUAGAACAGCACCAUCUUGAAAACUACAAGAAUCUAUACAGGCUGAGAAAUGCCAUGUAUGUGCGUUACAGGGAUUUGUUGAACAAGAAAGUUCAAAAGCAACGAAUUCAGAUCCAAAUGUCUGAUCUCAACUUCAAGCAAAAUCUUGAACAGCAAGGGAGAAAAAAGUGUAUCCCUGGACAUCAAGUGCCCUACUGCAAAUUGUCUCAGGAUGCUAAGUACCUCAAGUCUAUUCCACAGUCCAGUCAUUACCUGAUUAUAGGAUUGCAGAAUGAGUUAACUAGACAAGGAAUCUUAAAGAACAAGCAAGAUUAUGAAGACUUUUGGACACUGAUCCUAGAGGGCACUCACGGUUCACGGCUUAAAGAAAAACUUCAGGAUAUAAAAUUAAAAAUGGCUGCAGCCAAGUCUUUUCCUUCACAUCCUGUUGUGAGAAUCAGUGCAGCACAGUCAGCAAAUGUCCUUCUGAGCAACCGAUGUGGACAGCUGAAAAUGAGCUCAGCUUCUCUACCAGGAUCAGUGUCCUGCCAGCCUCCAGUUCAUCAUCCAAGUAAACACACAAAGGCCGAAGAAGAAACUGAGCAAUUUCCUAAGCUGCUGCUUUCUUGGCUUUCUGAAUUGCAGAAAAGGCCUGAAGAGCAAUCCAGAACUCAGGAGGUGAACAAACCUUGCAAAAGGACUAGGAAGCAUUUCCACCAUGAACGACAUCUGAUUUACUUGCAUCAUAUGUAUCAUCUCGCCCUUCUUAAUAUGACAUCUUCCAAGAGACUGCUGGAGAAAAAUGGUCAGUUCGCAGUUGCUGAAAAAGAGCACAGUGUCCAUGAUCUGAUGGAAUACUUGUUUCCAGUCAUCAGAAACAACCUGGAAGUAGCUCCACUGAAAGAGGGAUAGAGGAAAGCACAUUUCCCAUUUUGCUAGAUAGGAAACAGCAUGAGCAAUGUCACAGGGGCUUCUCCAAAGCACACAUCAUUUUUAAAGAAAUGAAAAACCAUUCAAAGGAGAAACAUGAAAAUAAAGGAGCUGUUGAAAUUUUGGAGGAUCUGAAAUACAAUAACAGCGCCUUUGCCCCACAUGAAAGGAUCCCUGUGCCCUCUUACUAUGGGAAGAUGUGGUUCAUGAACAAAUCCAGUUGUGGCAUGUAUUUUUAUUUACUCUUUUGUCCCCCAUCAGGUAGUGCUGUAUAGCCUGAAGGAGCUGUCAUACACUUUUACCCCAUAGAUUAAAAGUUCCUUGUAGUACUCAGAGAGCAGAACUAUUAUAGCAUCAAAUUCUACUCUCCAGUGCACACAGAGUGAAGGACAGAAAUAUGGCCAAGUGACCAAACAAAUAGGUGCAGAGACUCACACAGUUGGGGUGGAUCCUUUUCACUUAAACUGCAUUACAGGAGUAUCGUUCAAUCCACUGCUUUAUCCCUUUGAAUGGUGGGAAGUCAGCAGAGGGGAGGAUUGAACUUGCAGCCACUUACGCUGACAAGUACAGCAUACCCUGCCGCAACAAAGACAGUCUGGUUUGGUAAUUUCCUGGCGUUCACCACCAUGAGAGCUUCUCCACCUUUAAGAGGUUCAUUAGAGCAUGACCCUUGUUCCCAAUCCUUUUGCUGGCCAGUAACCUUCAGGGUGAGUGGAACUAUAUUGGGGCAACGACGGGUGAAUUUAUCAAAGCAUCAGAAGGAAGAUGAAGGGGUGAGCAAGGCAAGACAGGACAUAUGGAGCAUGAGGCAGGGAGUGUGACCUGCUGGGGAAGAGGGAGAAAAGAUGUUAGGGAACAUGGGGAGAUUACAGCCAUGUCAGGGCAGAAAGCAGCAGGGGAGUACUACUAGCGAAGAGCUAUAGAUCUCCUGGUGGAAAGCCUAAAAGGUUAUUAGUUACUCUCUCAGAAACCAGUUGGCCAAGGCACGAGGCUGCAGCACCCAGAUACUGGUUCAGAGCAGUGGUGCUUCAUGUUGGGCUGUCUAUUAGGGGAGAGGACAGAAAACUGCUAGUGCUUGCCUACCUUAUACUUCUCCUGUAUUUCCUCCUUCCCCUAAUGUGGCUGUUUAUCUCCCCAACAUUCAUGUUUCCCCAUGUCUCCUCCACACUUCCGUCCCACCAUACAAAACACUUUUCAUACAUCUCCAGCUCUAUAACAGCGUGGAGAAUCAUAUGGUCAGUGUGUCCAGCAGUUUUCUUUGGCAAAACCCUUCGGCUGUGACAAAUUAUGCUGAUACAGGUUUACAGGCCUAUGAAAUAAAGUUAUUGCAGUAAAGUUCAGUUGCUAUGAGAAACCUAAACCUUUUUUUUUAAAGUUGGACAAGAACCACAGAAAUGUGAGGGGAAAACACUGAAAGUUUUUGAAGAGGGAAUUUUUUUAAUAAGUUCCAUGUAAAAGUUAUUAAUUCUUGUCCCAAAAAAAUAAAUGGAAAACUAAAUUCUCCUGGGGAAAAAUUAUCAUGGCAAAUUUGGAGACUAAACCCAAUCUUUAAACUGAAAGAGGGAUUGUUCGUAUUGUUUUAUGUGCAAAUCUCAAGGCAAUCCCUCACUACUAUAGUCACGUUGGGCCUAGCUUUUACAAAGGGAAUCUCUCCUCCCCUGCAGCUGACUUCAGUAGGAGUUGUGAGUAAAGACUGCAAGACUCUGACCUUAAAUGUUACAAACAUCUCUGCCAAACAUUAGAAUGACAGGAUGAGCUUCUAUAGGCAUCUUCCACUUUAAAGCGAAUCCUAAAGCUUUAGCUCUGACAAUCUCCCAUUUUAAAAAAUCCCUUUGCUCAUAUAUAGGCCACUAAUCUAGGUCUACUUGAGGGCAUCAAAAGUAGAGCUGAGCAAAAAUUCAUAAUUUUUGUCCUGUGAGAAAUUCUAAUACUUUACCAUUUUUAUCCCAAACUAGGACAAAAAAAUUGAAAUAUCAGUUCUUUUGCAAAAUGGAAAUUCCAAAGAAAGUCUGUUUAGAAAUGGCAAAACAGUUUCUCAUUUUGGAUCAAAAUGAAACAUUUCAACAUUCCCAAGCCAAAAAUGUUUCAUUUUGGUUAGUUGAACUGAACUCCCCAAAAAGGUUCAUUCAGUCAGUUCAAUAAUUUCCAUUUGUGUUGCAUUCCUUCGUGGGAAUUGUAGUUUGGGAGUCAGAUCACCCAUAAUGCAAUUGAUGUGACUCUCAAGGCACACCACACAACUUGGCCAGAGGGCUGACCACAUUGUAUACUGGGAGAUGUACUCUGGCAAGGAAGCUCAGCCUAUUGGGGGGAGGAAAUGGGAAUCCAAACUACUACUCCCAUGAGGCAAGGUGACAACAGAGAAAUAGACAUUUUAUAACACAGUAUUAUGGCAUGCUAUGACUAUCUAUUACAACCACAAAUGUUGUAUACAUCUGUUAGUCUGAAUAAUCAUCUAUGAUUUUUUUUUUUUAAUUUUAGGAACCUAAGUCAACAGUUACCUACUGGACUAAUUAUGUGGACAAAGAAGAAUCCAUUUUCUAAAGAGGAAAAGGAUUACUAAAAUACAGAAACACAACAGCAAUGAAAUUGCAGCUUUAUGUAGAUCUUUACACUGUAUCCCACACAUACUGUAAUGUACCUAUAUUAUGAAAUCACUGUACUGAAUGUAAUUGAACUUUCUACAGGCCAAAAUCUUGGUCUCAUUGAAGACAAUCUGAAUGUUGUCAUUCACUUUAAUUAGAACAGGAUUUGGCUCUACAGCAGUGCUACUAUGGAAUGGUUCAAAACAGAUAAAUGUCUUGUGAAAAUAGAUAAUUUACUGUACAAUUUGGUUGAGUUCCUAAUCUUUAACUGAUCUACAGUAUUAAUUGUUAUAACAUACAUCAAUGAACUAGUGGAUGCUUUUGUAGCUGCAGGUUAUCCUGAUGUGAUGAAAAACAAUUUUUCAUUGAGCUCUUGCAGGCUGAGCAACGAAAUCAAAGGAGAGAGUUUUAACAAUAGUAGAGAAGUCUAGUUUAAGAUAAACAAUGACUUAGAUGCAAGACACGCUUUCACUUAAUCAAAGGCGGCAGACAGACUACUUAUGGGCAUUUGGUCAGAAAUUCACUUAAUUCAUAGUUCUUUAAUCUAAAAAUCUACCUGUAAAUCUAUAGUGUAAGCAUCUAAGCAUUCACUAUAAAAUUAAAUAUGCUCACUUUCA